AUGGGCUUCACCAGCGGUUUUACUGGCGGAGUAGCCCUCACGCUGUCGGUCACGUACCUGUCCGUUCUGGCGCACCAGCGCAACCGCGAACGUCAGGGCGCCCUCCUCCGCGCACAGGCCCUGCAGCUGCAGAGCAUCAUCGACCCCCUCCCCGCGGCGCUCCCGCCGACGCGAUCCGAGUUUGCCGCAGCGCAGCGCGCGACGACGAUCGAGGUGGCCAAGGACCGGUGGAAUCACGAGGUGGAGAGGGCGGUGCGGUGGGCGCAGACGACGGACUGGGACGACGUCCGGUCCGGCAUCGAGUCCACGAUCGAGACGCUCUGGUCCAGGGCCUCCGGCCAGGCCCCCGCCCAGCCCGCGGGUAUCCCGGAGCUGGAGCGGGCCGGCAAGGCCGCCAGGAGACUGGGCAGGGACGCCGAAGAGACGGCCCGGUCCGCCUACGUCGAGGCCAAGAGGCAGGCCCGCAGCGUCGAGCAGGCUGCCGAGAACAAGCUCCUCGAGGCCAGGCUGCGGGCCAACAGGGCCGAGACCGCCGUCGUCGAGGCCGGAAAGGACCUGAUCGGCAGGGCCAAGGCUGCCGUUGUCGGCGACGGCGACGGCGACAAUGCCACGCCCGAGGGCCCCACGCCCGUCCAGAUCGCUCUCCGUCAGCGAUUCGAGAAGCCGGCCGAUGCUGCGAAGCCCAAGACGGUGGCCGAGGCCCUCAGGGAGAGGUACAUACCCCUCGAUCAGUGGGAGGGUAAUGUUCUGAGGGGGCUGUAA